UGGGGGCGCUGCGGAGUGCGGCCACAUUGGGGCGUACGGCAGCGCCGGCAGGUUGAGCUCGAAGACGCGCCAGGUACAUUACUGAUUUUUUCUCACGAUUUCGAUUGCUCAUGAAAGCAGAGGGGUGUGAUUGGCUUGUAUUUGCUUGCAUAUGUGAUGAGGCUGCAUUGUUGUUCAUCUGUAGGAUGGACGACAAUAGUCGCUUCAAGCUAGAAAUUCGAAACGUUGCUCCCAACUGUCGUGGUAGAUGGUACAACUUGGAAAAAAUUAUGGAUGCUGACUUCACCAACUUUAGAGAUUUAGUUGAUGAAGUUGUUGACAAGUGUCCUCCCAGUUUCGGCGAUGUAGUAAAACUGUUUUACUCAUGCAUGGAUACAAAGGCCAAUAUCCAAGUCUUUUCUGACCAAGAUUUGGUUGAAAUGUUUGCAAAACAUGAAGCUUCAAAGUGCAGUUAUAUGACUUUCUGUUAUCAUAGUCCUGAUAGUGAGCCUCCUGAGAUUCCUGUAUGGGAUGUUACUACUACUAGCAAGUCAGUUGCACCCCCAUGCACUCCUUCAAUGCCAUGUCCUAGCAUAACAGAACUAAGCUUUGGAACUCAUAAUCAUGAAACUGAACAAAUGACCAACCCAAACCCACGUGAUGAGUACCUAGGUGUGGAUGGGGAAGGGUUAUAUAUUGAUAUUGGUCCCGAAAAUCCAGAACCCUUACAUGUUUGAGAAACAUUAUCAAGCAAUGGCUGAACACAAACCAGAGGCUAUGAAAUAUCUUCAGGAAAACCAUAAUAAAUUAUGGACCAGGAGCCAAUUCUCCACAUUGUCAAAGGUGGAUUAUAUUACAAAUAAUUUGGCUGAGUCCUUCAACAAUUGGGAUCAUAAGAGCAAGAACCUGGAUGACCUGAUGGAUACCAUUAGACAGCGAAUCUUUAUUAAAUGGAAUCAAAGGAAACGAAUUGUCCAGCAGUUUCAAGGCAAGAUUCUGCCUCAUAUAGUUCAAAAGUUGAGGGAAGACAGCUAUAACCUUGACAUUGAAGUUAUCACAAGCUCACCUGAUGGUAUUGGAGAACUUUGUGCUAAGGAGCGUUCUGUCAGCAGCUACAGGUUUGUAGUCAACUUAAUUGAGAGGACUUGCACCUGCAGGGCUUGGCAAGGGUCAGGAAUACCCUGCAAACAUGCUAUUGCAUAUAUCACAUCAAUUCCUGGUGCAAUUUUAGAGGACUAUGUGCAUGAGUACUACUCAGUUGACAAAUUCAAAGCUGCAUAUCAAGGAAGGCACAAGAACAGGAUGAAAUCAGCUAUGGAGGGAGGUAGUGGAGGUACUGGUAGCAAAGAGACUGGCAAGAGGAGACAUAAGUGCCCAAUAUGCAAAGAGUUAGGGCACCACUGGUACAAAUGUAACAAUGGGAAUCUAGAAGAUAUACCUGCAAUGGAGCAUGAGAGGGGUCCACCAAAGAAACAGCUCAAGAAGAAAGCAGCUGCUUGUACCACAGAGAGUAGCAUUAUUGUGGCCACUCCUGCAUCAGGAAUGGUCUGGCCACACAAUGAGGCAGUGGCUAAUGCUACACACAAGAAAGGGAAGAGAAAAUCAUCUUCAUCAUCAUCAGGUGCCAAGAAAAGGAAGAAGACAACAACCAGUACUUCAACAAGUACGGCUAGCAGAUCUGGAACUGGAUCUAAUGAUCCUGUGCCUCUCCAAGUUCUGCCUCCUGUUCUGCCUGCUGCCUCAGCACAUACAGCGCUCACACCAAUGAAGAAAUGUGGUGUCACGAAGAAGCUAACACCAAAAAGGGCGUCAGUUCAGGUUGACAGGCCGACCAGCCCAGCUGCAAAUACUAGAAGCAAGAAGAAACUGAAGCUUGAAUAAAAUGUGAUUGAUGAGUGUUAUUUUGUUCUGUAAUAUUAUGCAAUGGAGUUGUCUUUAAGACACUUUAGUUUCGAUGACCAGUCCUGUGGAGAUGGAAACCGGUAACUUAAGUGCUUAAAUGUUGAUGCAAUGAACAAGUACUUUGUGAUGUUA